GGAAGAAGGUGGUGUUCAGCGAUUGAGAACACUGGCCUUCACGUCGAUGUGAGCUCUGCUUGCUCAACAAUAGCGGCGCGCCGCCUGCUGGACACUACCAAUCACCCAGCGACUCGGCCUCAUCAUCACAUACUCGAAUUUUACUUUUGACUCUCGCCUUUUCAUCGACGCACCUCUCUGUACAAACCCCUUUAUUGACACAAACCCUUUGUUCCGUCACCACCGCGGCCGGCCCGUCAAUAUCCUCCAUUCCUUCGCCGGCAUGCCCGAACCGAACCCAUUCGCCUUCACUGGACCCAAUGUCCCUCAGCUACGCUCCUCCGAUGCCAGUCUGCGGGCAGAGCUGGCCCGGUUGAAGCAGCAUGUCGUGGUGUUGCAGCCCAAGGUGCAGGAUCUCGAAGACGCAAAUGGCGUAGCGCAGACGCUAGCGGCUGCCAAGAAUCAAGUGCAGGACUCUCAAAGAGAGACGAAGCGCGCUCAAAUCGCUGAAAGAGUCGCCCGCGAGGCGCUCGAUGCUGUCCGCAACACUUCCAACAUGUCGCAAGCUUCGGUGUCAAGUCAAGACAAGGCAGAGAAGCUGUUGAGCGAGUCGAAGCAGGAGAUCGGGAAGCUGCAGGUCGAGCUUGAGACAUGCAAGGGUCUCCCAGACAACGCGUCAGAGAGCCUCGGUGACACCAGCACCAACCGCGGCGACAGUGAGCGCGUCCUGCAGGAGCUCAAGGACGAGUUCGAAGCACGAUUCCACGCUGCGUCCGAAGAAGCCAAUACAGUGAACGAGAAGCUAGAGAAGGAGCUGCAGGACGUUCAAGAUCGGCUCGAAGAAGCCAAAGCAGGACUUCAGCAGCUGAAGGAAGAGGCUGGUGAGACUGAGGAGGAGCUCGAGACGGUCCGCAACCGCAACGCGAACCUCGACAUCGAUCUCCAGAACCACAAGGACCUUCUCAACAGCCUCCACAACGACUUCGACAACCGCCUCCAGGCCGCGACUGAAGAUGCAAACACAACGAUCGCCGAACAGCAAGCCGAGCUGCAGCGGGUCAGAGACCGCCUUGAUGACGCUACAACAGAACUCCAGCAGAUGAAAGAAGAGGCUUCCGAAGCCAAAACAGAUCUCAAAACGGCCCGCAACGACAACGCGAAACUCGACAAAGCCCUCGCGCACCAAAAGGACACCGUCGCUCACCUCAGCGAAAUCAACGACCACCUUCUCGCCGAUCUUGCAGCGAAAGAGGCCGAGCGCAAAGCCCUGGCCCGCGACCGCGACGACUUCGAAGUGCGUCUUACCAAGACACUGCUGGCGUUGAAGGAAAGGGAGGAGGGCGAAGCUGAAGCUCGCAAUGCGCUAGAAUCGUUCGUGGCUGAGACGGAGCUCGUCGCCGAUGGAACGAGCGAGCAAAUCACGCGUCUUCAGGGCGACGUCGAUACCUACCUCGAGGGAAGCACGGAGCACGCGCGCGUCGUGGCCGUCAAGGACGAACGGAUCGCAAAGCUUGAACGAGAGAACGAGAUCCUUAAGAACAGGCUCGAGGAAGGGCAGGCGCACAACCCAGUCAAAGAGAACAUCCCACGGCCGAUUACAUACCGCAACAUCAGCAUUGCCAGCCACAAAUCACUAGCCGAGGAGCUCGAUCUCGAUGAUGACCAGUCCAUCGGCGGUCUUUCUGAUUUCGAAGAGUCUGCGACGAACUCAGUCUGUCUCGAGCUAUCCGCUGUGCGUGACAUCAUCAGCAUUGCUCCCCACGACAUGACCGCGCCUAAAUUGACAGUGUCUGUCAGUGAUGCUGUCUCCACUACACCGCGACGCCCAGCCUCCUUUAUGGAAUGCUCCCCAGUCAGCAGCGUUUCGAGCAUCCAGCCUGCCCAGCCCACUGCACCGACGUUGUCCGUCUACAAUGACACGGUAGCAGAUCUUGCACCAUCUAAGCCUGUGGCUACUACAUUGUCUCUGUUCGAGGAGACAGUUCUGUGCAUCUCGCCCAUCGAGCCCGCAACUGCACCGCUCGCUUUUUCUGAUAUCAACGAAGCUCUGGACUAUGCACCGUUUGAGCCUACCAUCUCACCAUCCGAGUUACCUGCUCCUACCUUGUCGCUGUCCGACCUUACAGUAGAAUCUGUCUCCCCGUCUCAACCCAGCAUUGCGCCGCUCUUAAUCUCCAACGUCCAGACAGCUCUCGACUAUGCUCCUGCUGGGCCUGCUAUUUCGGCAUCAACCACUAUACCUGAACCGCAGAAGCUUUCUUUGCACGCCGGCGAGACGUUGAACUAUGCUCCGGUUCAGCCUGCGACCAUGGCACUUCUUGCGGCACCUGAAACGGAGACACUCACUUCCAACAUUUUCAAACAUGCGUUUGUCAGUCUUGACCCGGAUCCAAGCAGCGGUUCCGUCACCGAUCCUCAUGCACAUCAGGCUUGUGAUAAAUCUGACCGGAUGGAUUCGAAAGCUAAUCGCAAGGGCACGAAGCCGGAGGGCAAGAGCGCAGACUUCAUCGACAGCUUGUGGUGGCAAUAUGGCUCGCCUUGUCCCAGCUUGAAUAGUUCCAGGCACAAAAACCUAGGCGCCGAUCCUGAGAUUGCAACUUCGAGCCUACGGAGACGCAGCCCAAUUGAUGCCUUUGCCAAGCUUCCCGAGCCUUCUGGCACUACCAACCUGGACGAACUCUCAGCAACAUGGCCACUUGAGGACGAACCGAUAGGAGAGUCAGCGAAAUUACAAUGCGCAGCAUCCACAACCACAACGUCCAUCUCCCCAGCACUCGAGUCUACAACACUGAAGUUGACAACAUCCAAGCCGACAACACCCCCUUUCACACCCACAACCCCUGGUGCCGUCCCUGUGGCGCAAGGAAAAGGACUUCUUACCGCUUCCGCCCACUACUUGCUCCACUUCCUCAUGGUCCUCUACUGCUGGCAUAUUUGGAGCCAGCUCCAUGACUGGGAGCACGCCAACGGUGUCGGCCUUGGAGAAGGAUACGGCAAUGUUCACAAUGGCUAUGGACCCUACGGCAAUGGGCGGGUACUGCUAGGUAUGCUGCCUAUCAACUUGCUGAGUGCUGACAGUCCUUUGCCGGCUAAAGCUGUUGAGGUCAUCACUAGUACUGUUAGCGCUUUCGAAGGAUUGAUUGGACUUGGACCUACGCCGUUGUUCUGAGUACACGCGACGACUGCAUCAUGAGAAGGAACGAUCACCCCUCUAC